UCGUAAACAAACAUGAUGGUAUAUUAAAAUAUUGAAAAAUUGAAAUCACUUUUAUUGUUUCCUGAUCUGUGUUGGAUAUUUUGAAGAUUGUUUUGGGAAAUCUGAUUUCUAAAAUGAACAAAAGAGAGAAACAAGAGUCUAGUACUAGAGAGAAAAAAGUAAAACGUGUGAAAACUCAUCAUGCCCGGCCAAAUAUUUUAUCUUUAGCCUCUGUGAACAUUGACUGUUUCCGUUUAGAAGAAGCAGAGACCAUUGAAGAUUGUCAUUUAAAGUUUAAAGAAACAUGUGAUAAAAUAAGAAAGCAUUUUCAUUCAAUAUUAUUGGCAAAACAGCGAAAUGGAGAUAAGAGUGCUAGCAUUGAAGACCACAGGACUGAUAUUUGUCUUCUGGUUAUGUGCUUAAAAAAACUUAAUCGACUGGACAAACAUCAAUGGAAAAAGUCCCGUGAUGCAGUUAACGAGAGAAAGCAGAAAGUUGAUGCUCUGAAUCUUCAGUAUCAGAAUCUUUUGUAUGAAGUAACACAUUUGCAAAAGGAAGUUACUAAGUGCCUUGAAUUCAGAUCAAAAGAUGAAGAGAUUGAACUAGUUUCAGUUGAUGAAUUUUAUAAAGAUGCUCCUGAAAGUAUUUCAAAUCCUAAAGUUACGAAAGUCGAUCCUCAUGAAUUGACCAUGGCUCGUCUCAUGUGGGAAUUGGAGCAACGAAAACAAUUUGCUUUGAAGCUGAAGGAAGCAGAAAUUGCGAAGGAGGAACAUAAACAGAAAAUUAAAAAACUGAAGGAUCAGUUGUCUAAUGUUCUGCCUACAUUACAAUCUAUCAUUGAAGCUGCCGAACCCCUUCAAAGCAAGCUCGGGAUGCCUUUCCAAGCAAUGCAUGUAAAGCACAAAGCUGCUAAAUUUUUACCAAAACCACUUUAUAUCUUAUAUCUCCAUGCUUGUGCAUACAGAGAAUCUCUUGAUAGAAAAAUACAAAUUGCUAUUGAAGGAAAUAUUGAUGAAGCUAAAAAUUUGCAGCUGAAAACAGAAGAUUUAUCUGAAGAAAGUGGCGAAUCAGAUCAAGAAGAGAAUGUUGAUCUGAGCAUGCAUAGACGCUCAGUUACUUCCAGAAAGGAUGAUACAAGUAAAGACAUUUUUAAAAAGCAUCCAAUGACAGUUCUUUUGACUGUUGAAAGUAAAGAUGCUAAAAUUAUUUUGGAGUUCAAAUAUCUUUUUCACCUUCAGAUUGUAACAGUAUCUGUUGUAUCAGUUAGUCCUCAGCAUGGAUCUUCAGAUGCUUUGGGAAAUCUUUUGAAAUGGGACACAUUUUUGAAUUGCUUGUUUCCUGGAGAUACUGGAAGAGAAACGCCCAAUCAUGCUAACCAAUUUUUGUUGCGGAAAUUUGGAUGUGAAGAAAUGCCUUUUGCAAAUGAGACAACUGGUUGGCCAUAUGUAUGGGCUCAACAUGUGUCGGGGCUGGGAUUUCUAACUCCUCAAGAUGAAGAAAUUACAGACAUGAAAAGACAAUGGAAGUUGUCUUUUUAUCACAUAGAAAAUACUGUUCAAAGCAUUCGCUCUAGACUCAUAUCUCGCUUUCAACUACGUCAGCAAAUAAUUUCUCUAGAUCAAAGAUUCAGCAUUCCGGAUUCUUUUGCUGCAUUAUAUCCUCAGAAUGUUUCCACUCAAGUGAAAAAAUGGAUGCCUAUUGAAUUCAAAGAAGCUAUGAAUUAUGCUAAUGCUGAAGAACUGGUAGAAUUAAACAUUAUCAGUGAAGAUGUAAUGAUGUUUAAAGCAGAAAUUCAAAGAGGCUCAGCUUUAAUGGUGAUCUUAGUUGCAAUCCCUCCUGAUUACCCUGGAAGAACACCAGUUUUUCUUCUUCAGCUGUUUUGGAAAGGCAGUCAUACUGCUGUUACAAAUGGUGCAUUAAGAGAGCUGGAAGAAGAAGUUAAUGUGCAUUUUGUUGAAAAUUUACCUGAAGAAUUCAAAUCAAAUCUUCUAGUGUGUCAAAUGCAUCACCUUGUAGUUUGUUUUGAUGUAUUUCUAGAGACAGAAUCUUGUGAUUCAUUUGAAGGUGUAAAUGAAUUCAAAAGGGAAAAGGUUGUUGCCAGAUCAUCCAGGGGAAGAAGCCACAGUAGACCUUACAAAUGCAUUUCAACUCAAGGCAUUUUCACGUUUAGAUAGUAUGAUGUCAAAAUAUAGUGAUUUUCUUAGCUUUGUAUAUCAUUUCAUUCACUUGCAUUGUUAACUACAUCUUUAUAAAUAAAAUUA